AUGGUGGGGCGCUUGGACGGCGACAGCGAGGGCCUCCUCGUCACGUCGGACGGCACGUUCACGCGCUUUUUGUGCGAGAAGGAGGUCCGCCUGGAGAAGGAGUACGUGGCCCUCGUGCACUGCCCCGACGGCGCCCCCCCGCAGGAGGAGCUGAUGCGCCGGCUCUGCGAGGGGGUAGACAUCGCGGACGGCCAGGCCACGGCGGUCGCGGCCGAGGUCGUCGAUUUCGACGGCAGGUUCGCCCGCAUGCGCAUCGUGGUGACGGAGGGGAGGUUCCACAUGGUGCGGCGCAUGGUGCGGGCCAUCGGGUACAGGUGCCUGCAGCUCUUCCGCACCCAUGUGGGCGGGAUCUCCGGCGCGGAGCUCGGGCCCAGGUCUCUGCAGGCGGCCGCAAGGGAGGCUUGGCACCCAGAGCCGCCGCUGAUCGCCCCCGCCGUCCGCGGCGACCCGCGCUCGCUGCGGCCCGGGGAGUACGCCGACGUCUCGCCCGAGGAGGUGGCUCACGUCUACCGCCUGGGGCUGGGCUGGCUCGACGCCAAGGUCCCUGUGGCAGGCCGCAGGUGA